AUGACGUCACGAGGCCGCGGCCCAAUCAGAGGCGGCGUUUGGGAAAUUUUCAACUCAAAGGCGGGGCGGCCCUGGCGCCUGGAAGCGCCGGCGGCGGAGGGUCUCGGCCGUUUUCCCCGGGCCCGGCCUGAGAGGAUGGCGGAGGAAGGGGCCGUGGCGGUCUGCGUGCGAGUCCGGCCGCUCAGCAGCAGAGAAGAAGCACUUGGAGAAACUGCCCAAGUUUACUGGAAAACUGACAGUAAUGCCAUUUAUCAAGUUGAUGGAAGUAAAUCCUUCAAUUUUGAUCGUGUCUUUCCUAGUAAUGAAACUACUAAAAAUAUGUAUGAAGAACUAGCAGCACCAAUCAUCGAUUCUGCCAUACAAGGCUACAAUGGUUUUCAUAACUGGAUGCUCACUGAUGUUUUUACAUAUUUUUUCUUCCAGUUUCCUGAUAGAGAGUUUCUCUUGCGUGUGUCUUAUAUGGAGAUAUACAAUGAAACCAUUACAGAUUUACUCUGUGGCACUCAAAAAAUGAAACCUUUAAUAAUUCGAGAAGAUGUCAAUAGGAAUGUGUAUGUUGCUGAUCUCACAGAAGAUGUGGUUUAUCCAUCAGAAAUGGCUUUGAAAUGGAUCACAAAGGGAGAAAAGAACAGACAUUAUGGAAAAACAGAAAUGAACCAGAGAAGCAGUCGUUCUCAUACAAUUUUUAGGAUGAUUUUGGAAAGCAGAGAGAAAGGUGAGCCUUCUAACUGGGAAGGGUCUGUGAAGGUGUCCCAUUUGGCCAUAAUGAAUGAAUCAACAGAGUUUGAGGAAAGAAAUGCUGUCAUAUGUAAAGAAUGGGAGCAUGACCUGAAAUCACUGAAAGAGAAAAAUGAAAAAGUAUUUAAAAAAUACCAAACUUUGAAGAUCGCCCAGACAUCUAGUGCCCAUGUUAAUCCCAACACACAAGACAAUACGAAUCCUCAUGUUACAACAAGAGCUAUACAGCUAACCAUAGAGGUUUCUUCAGAGACUCAGGCCCGAGCAAUGGAGAAAGACCAAUUAGCCCAACUUUUGGAAGAAAAAGAUUUGCUUCAAAAAGUACAGAAUGAGAAAAUUGAAAACUUAACAUGGAUGCUGAUAACCUCUUAUUACCUCACAUCACAACAGGAAUUAAAGCCAAAUGGACUUCCCAAUGUGCACCCUAUGACAGAUGGACACAUACCUGAAGGAGCAAGUCUCGAGAGAGAAAGGAAGGAACGAGGUCAGGGGCACCGGAGGAGGCAUUUGCUUCUCCAAGCAAACUGGAAGAGAGUUGGCACUGCGAAGCACCCUGUGAAAGAUUUAUUUGCUGAGGAAAAUUCAGAUGGGCGACCUGUGACGUUAUCUGCAGUCCGUUCCUUCCCAGUUAGGGCUGGUACCCAAAGGGGGCGCUGUGGUGACGGCGGCAGCAGCCGUCCCUCCUACAUAAUAACACUGUUUGAAUGGCUGCAAGUCAACAAAUCCCUUUCAGAUAAGUCCCAAAGAAGCUUGUAA